GGAAAAUCCUUGCCAGCACCCGGUGGUUAUACUGAAAGAUGUACGGUACAUAGACCUUGAGAGUCUUGUCAAGUACAUGUACGCAGGACAGGUGUACAUAGCUCAAGAUCAACUUGGCAGAUUUCUGAAGACUGCUGAAACCUUACAAGUUAAAGGUCUGGCUCAGAACCCGUUCAUAUCAUCAUCAACAGAUGACGCUCAAUGUGAGAGAAUGAGGAAUGAAGAGAGAAACGAGGAUGAAAGGAUGAAAACUGUACUGACUAAGGAUGAGGAUGAAGAUGAUGAUGAGGAUGAUGAUGAUGAGGAGGAGGGGGAGGAGGAGGAACAACCUGAAAACUUAUCCAAACAAUCCUUUCAGAUGGUCGUUGGAAGCUCUGUUCCUCAAAGCCCCCAGCCUUCUAAUCUUGGAGUAUACAACACCCUUCCUCACAUUCUCUCCCUUCCACCUCUAUCGGUUCCAGGUUUUAUAACAAAGUUUCCAAAUCAUCCAACCCCUCCUCCCUCCCUCUCUCCAUCCUCCCUACCUUCACCAGGAAAGGCAAUAUGUUCUCCAAUAAAAGUUCCGACACCCCCCGCUUCAUCCUUCUCUCUUAAACGCUCCUCUCUCACCUCUCUUGCUCAAUAUUUAUCCAACGUAUCCCCCGUCUCCCUUUCCUCCCUGUCUCCGCCACUGGAACCUAAACGAAGGAAACUGAGCCCGAACAAGACAAAUCCCUCAUCUCUGCCACCCUCCUCCCCUCCACACUCUAGCUCAGGAGAGGAGCGGAACUCCCCCGAAGGAGAUGCGGAUAGUGACACUGAGGGGUUAGUGAUCGAAGAAACAAGAGACGAUGAACAUGCCAGGCUUCUCAACUCAGUUUUCCCAUCAAACCAAUCAAGACAUAUCAAUGCUACACAAGAUGGUGAGAAUACAGGGUCCAAUGAUGGGUUCAACAAUCUGACCAGGAAUGGAUCUGACAAUGGAGGAGUUGGGUUCAGCAACCAAGGCCUAGGAAAGAUAGAUCUUAGACCUGAUAAUCCUGAUAAUUCGAACUCAGCUAGAGAUGGUCAACCAAACUCAGCUAGAGACGGUCAACUCAACUCAGCAACUCAUCCCAGAAACCGUUGGAGAUGUAUGCAGCCUCGAGUGUGCAACUAUUGCUGGAAAACAUUCUCAAACAGCUUUAAUCUUAAACAACACAUUGUAAACGUUCAUGUUCAGAGUCAAGGAGUCACAUGUAACGUCUGUCAGAAGGUAGUGAAGAACAAAUGGUAUUUGAGAAAACAUCUUGUCACGGCCCACGGGGCCCCGCUGAAACGUGCUAAGAAUCUACCGAGCACGGGUCUGGUGGACGUUAACGAGAACGAAGAAAAGAUGGCGGAUGAUGAGACAGAACUGAAAUAUUCAAGUUCACCUUAAACUUUCAACUUUUAUGAUAUUGGCCUUCCCCUAGCUUUCAAUUUAUUCGACCGACCAAUCUUAGAUUAAGGCAGUAUGCCCAUACACUUUUAGAACAAAUAAUCACAUGACCGAAAACAUUUGAAAUUACGAACAUUUUGAGAACACUAUGUUUAUGUAUUUAGGACAAAAUUCUAAACAUUUUGUGAGAAAUUCUUAACAUCCAGUUUUUGAAUUUUAAUGAGAUGGUUGUAAUUUCGAAAUGCUUAUUCGAUCCGAUUUAUUCUAACAGUGUAUUUGGGUUAAACUCAUGGCUUUCACCAUAUUUAUAUAUAUGUUAGUAUACACCUAAAUGUUCAGAUAGAUAGAUAGAAACGUUAAACAGAUUUUACAAUGGAGCAGGAGUUCCUAUUUUGUACUUUUUUCUGUUUUAUAUUUAUGUUGAAAAAGAAUGAUUUUGGUAAAUUUCAUAAUUAGUCAUCUUCUUAUCGAUCAAACAUUUCUAUUUACAAUUAAAUAGGUUUUCGUUUCUUAUAAAAAUCUUAUAUAAAUGGUUGCCUUAAUUUCCCCGUACUAUAAAUGCAUUUAUAAAAUAUAAAAGAACAAAAUAUAUUUCUUCGAACCCGUUUCUCUAAUAUUAAUAAUUUCAUAACAAAAAGCAAUUUUGCCAAAAUUCAAAUGCGUUGGAAUUUAAGUGAAUUUUCAAAGUUUUAUAAAUCAUAUGUAUGUUUUUUAUCACAUUUGAUAUAUUCUUCACCAUAAUGUUAUUUUCAGUAACUCCUGCUCCAGACCUGGCUUUCAGCUAUUUUUUGUAUUACCAAACCCAAGGUGCCAAUACCCUUCUGUAACUUUAUUCUGGGCUUCAAACAUACAGUAGAAAACUGAAUAUAUCAUGUUUCAAACUAUUUAGAAAAUUAUCAUUACACAUUUUUGUAGCUUGCUGUAAGAUGUAAAUGUAAAUAUAUAAAUCCCGCUUUCAAUUUUUCAGAAAAAUGUAAACUCUCGCUUUCAAAACUGUACUUCCGUAAUCCAUUCUUAAACUGGUUUUAUAUUACAGUGGUAACCAGACAACUCUGAAAUAUGAAGACGCCUUUUAGACUCAAGCUAUGACUUUAAAUAGUUCAAUAAGCUUGGGAAACAGCAAUUGUGCAGUGUAAACAGACCCAUUUCACUUAAUUAGUGAUUAACAAGUGUGAAAAGAUCAAAUACACAAUUAAGUAUUGUUAAAAAGUUGUCUUCAUAUUUCAGAGUUUUCUGGUUAUCACUGUAUCAUGUGCACGAUGUACAACGAAAUAUUUGGAA